AUGGGAAUGGCAGCCAUUCAAAACAACAAUAUUGUUCAUAAUGGGCAAACUAUUAGAAUAGAAGGCUCUAAAGUUAUCAACUUUUAAAACUCUAAUCAAGGCUAUUCACUUGAUUUAAAGUUAUGGAAGCCCUUUCCAUUUAGUACAAAUAUCGGAUGGAAUUGGCAUAAAUCCUGGAAUAUCCCAGAAUUAGAAUGUUAGUUGAAAGUAUAUAACAAGUUAAUAACUAAUAGAUCGAUAAUGAUUAAGACCAUCAUAUACUGAAUACACUAACAAUAGUGGCCAAUCUAUACAUUGUGAAGCACAAUUACGAUAAAAUGGAAAUGGAAAGCAUAGGAUGCAAAGGAAGUCCUGAGAGUGUCUUUAGAAAUGGAAUUUCAAUAUUAAGAUAAUUAAAGUUCAACACAACAUCAUAUAAGAAUGAAGUACUAUAUUUAUAUAAUAAUUUAAGUAUCAAAAGUUCAAAAUAGUUGUCGUAAUCACUUAAAUCAAUAGCAGCCAGUAGUCCGUUAUAGAUGCUAAAUGUUCACCUUAUAUAUUUGUAGAUUCUCGAAAGCAUGCCAGAUAAUAAGCACUCAAUAACAAUAUUCAAUUGAUUAUUGAUCCUUUUUUACCUGAAAACUUGGAUAAAGAAUUUGUUAAAAAGGAGAGAAAAAAUUAACCUAAAAGUUUAUUAAAAGUUGAUAAUACAAUCCAAGGUUUAAUUAAUUACUUCACAGCUCCGAACAUUAGGCAUAAAAUCAAACACCCAUUAUUCUUGGCAAUCAAAUUUGAUAAAUGUGUCAAAUUGUACUUAAAUUAAUAAAAUUUUGUUAAAAACUCUAAAGAUGUCGUUUUAAAAGUCCAAAGUAUCUUGAUGAAAUCAAAUUAGGAAAGACAAGAUACUGAUAAAGGAAUGGCUUUACUAUUUCAAAUUGAUUAAACUAAUGAAUUGGAAUUUAAAAAAGUAAAAUUUUUUUUAUUAUCAAGGUUUAUGAAAUCACAUAAAUCUUUGAAAAUGAUAUAUUUAUGCUUUACACUAAGCAAGAUUAGAUACCUGAAAGUUAUAUUCCAGUAGAAGAUAUUUCAAGAAUGAAAUAUUAUUAUAAACAGUUGUAUCCAAAUUUGAUAAAUCAAAAAAGUGGAAUGAGUUUUAAAUUAGAAAUUUAGGAAGAUUAGUAAAUUUAAAAAUAAGUAAAAUUAAACGAGAAGGAUUAUGAAAACUAAAUAGAUACUCAUUUAUAAAUUAAAUAAUGUUAAUAAUAAAAUUAGCAAUAAGAAGACUAUAACAAUAAUUAAAGUUUUAAUUAUAAUAACCAGGUUUCGAAUUAUUAUAAUUAAUUUUAAUAAUAAUAAUAGCAAUAAUAACAAUAAUUCUAAAUUUAAUAAUAGUAAUGGUACAAUAAUAUGUAGUAAUAGCUAUACCAAUAACAUUAAUAUUAUAUGAUGCAACAAUAACAAUAUUAAUACAAUAGAUUUUAUUGA